CGGCGUCCGGCCCGGCCAGACUGCCGCUGCCCCGCCGCCUCGCGGAGCCCGGGCGCCCGAAGCUGGGGGCGCGGCCGCGCUCGCCUCGCGGGGCCGGGAGCGGGCAGGCCCUGCCCUGAGGGGGCGAAGCCGCGGGGAGCGCGGGAGGUGGAGCCGGCCCCGGCGGCCGCCCCGCGUCUCUCCCCAGCGCCCCCUUCCCAGACCCGGCCCGAGGCGGACGGAGGCCCCUGCCCGUGCGGGGCGCCCCCGGCUCUGAAGAGUCCCUAGGGCGGGGAGCAGCUCCAGGCAGCGGCGCCGGAGGGAGAGGAAGAAGGGACUGUGCCCAGCCUGGGCGGCCCGGACCCUCCCCGCAGCUUUUGGAGCCGGGGGCCGCCCCGAAGUCUGCGCUUGGCACCGCCGCUUGAGCUAGGGCAGCGCCUGCUGGGACCCCGACCCGGACCCUCUGCGCCUUGUAGGCGGCGGCGGCGCCGCCGCGCCACCCAGCUCUUCCGCGGUCCCCCUGUGUUUGGCGGCAGUCACGGCCAAGAAAGUAUUAUGAGGGAGGCCGAGGACCCCGUGCUCCGGGCAGAGAAUCGGCGCUGGGAUUAGGGGUUGUCACUUCUGAGAGGAUGCUGGGAAUCUGCAGAGGGAGACGGAAAUUCCUGGCUGCCUCGCUGACUGUUCUCUGCAUCCCAGCCAUCACCUGGCUUUACCUCUUUGCCGGGAGCUUUGAAGAUGGGAAGCCGGUGUCCCUGUCUCCGCUGGAGUCGCAGCCGCACAGCCCCCGGUACGCGGCCGCCGGCCAGCGGGAGCGCGAGAGCCUGGAGGUGCGCGUGCGCGAGGUGGAGGAGGAGAACCGCGCGCUGCGCCGGCAGCUCAGCCUGGCGCAGGGCCGCGCGCCAGCCCACCGCCGCGGCAACCACAACAAGACCUACUCCAUGGAGGAGGGGACCGGGGACAGCGAGAACCUCCGCGCGGGCAUCGUGGCGGGCAACAGCUCGGAGUGCGGGCAGCAGCCGGUCGUGGAGAAGUGUGAGACAAUCCACGUUGCUAUUGUCUGUGCCGGAUAUAACGCCAGCCGCGAUGUCGUCACCUUGGUCAAGUCUGUCCUGUUUCACAGACGGAACCCUCUCCACUUCCACCUCAUCGCCGACUCCAUCGCAGAGCAGAUCCUGGCGACGCUCUUCCAGACGUGGAUGGUGCCCGCCGUACGUGUAGACUUCUACAAUGCGGACGAGCUCAAGUCUGAAGUUUCCUGGAUCCCCAACAAACACUACUCUGGCAUUUAUGGUCUAAUGAAGCUCGUCCUGACCAAGACUCUCCCUGCCAACCUGGAGAGGGUCAUUGUCCUUGACACGGAUAUCACCUUUGCCACUGACAUUGCAGAAUUGUGGGCCGUGUUCCACAAGUUCAAAGGUCAGCAGGUCCUGGGCUUGGUAGAGAACCAGAGUGACUGGUACCUUGGAAACCUGUGGAAAAAUCACCGUCCUUGGCCUGCCCUUGGAAGGGGCUACAACACAGGGGUGAUCCUGCUGCUUCUGGACAAACUACGGAAGAUGAAAUGGGAACAGAUGUGGCGGCUGACCGCAGAGAGGGAGUUGAUGGGCAUGCUGUCCACGUCCUUAGCGGACCAGGAUAUUUUCAACGCUGUCAUCAAACAGAACCCCUUCCUCGUGUAUCAGCUCCCCUGCUUCUGGAAUGUGCAGCUGUCGGACCACACCCGCUCUGAGCAGUGCUACAGGGACGUGUCUGAUCUAAAGGUCAUUCACUGGAACUCCCCGAAGAAGCUGCGGGUGAAGAACAAGCACGUGGAGUUUUUCCGCAACCUCUACCUGACCUUCCUGGAGUAUGACGGGAACCUCCUGAGACGAGAGCUGUUCGGCUGCCCCAGUGAAGCCGAUGUCAACAGCGAAAACCUCCAGAAGCAGCUCUCUGAGCUGGAUGAGGAUGACCUGUGUUAUGAGUUCCGGCGAGAACGAUUCACUGUCCACCGAACCCACCUGUACUUCUUACACUAUGAGUAUGACCCCGCUUCAGACAACACGGAUGUCACCCUGGUCGCUCAGCUCUCCAUGGACAGGCUCCAGAUGCUCGAGGCCAUCUGCAAGCACUGGGAGGGACCCAUCAGCCUGGCCCUCUACCUGUCGGACGCCGAGGCCCAGCAGUUCCUCCGCUACGCACAGGGCUCCGAGGUGCUCAUGAGCCGCCACAAUGUGGCCUACCACAUCGUAUACAAGGAGGGCCAGUUCUAUCCCGUGAACCUGCUGCGCAACGUGGCCAUGAAGCACGUCGGCACACCCUACAUGUUCCUGUCGGACAUCGACUUCCUGCCCAUGUACGGGCUCUAUGAGUACCUCAGGAAGUCUGUCAUCCAGCUUGACCUUGCCAGCACCAAGAAAGCGAUGAUUGUCCCUGCAUUCGAGACACUGCGCUACCGGCUGUCUUUCCCCAAGUCCAAAGCAGAGUUGCUGUCAAUGCUGGACAUGGGGACUCUCUUCACAUUCAGGUACCACGUCUGGACAAAAGGCCAUGCUCCCACAAACUUCGCCAAGUGGCGGACUGCCACCACGCCUUACCGUGUUGAGUGGGAAGCUGAUUUCGAGCCAUAUGUUGUUGUGAGAAGGGACUGCCCUGAGUAUGACCGGAGGUUUGUGGGCUUUGGAUGGAACAAGGUGGCUCAUAUCAUGGAACUGGAUGCACAGGAAUAUGAAUUCAUCGUGCUGCCCAAUGCCUACAUGAUCCACAUGCCUCACGCCCCCAGCUUUGACAUCACCAAGUUCCGGUCCAACAAGCAAUACCGCAUCUGUCUCAAAACCCUGAAGGAAGAGUUUCAGCAGGACAUGUCCCGCCGCUACGGCUUUGCCGCCCUCAAAUAUCUCACGGCUGAGAACAACAGCUAGCAACCAGGAAACCCACCCCUAGGGAGAGACCUAUUCUGCAGGGGAAAAGCCACUUUGCUAUUUGGGGCCCAGCCUUCAAACUCAAAAUUUGAGCCAUGCUUUUUUGGUUUGUUUUUAUUUGUCUCUUUGGCCCAACAAAGCCACCCACACUACAGAGAUCUGGGACAAGGAUCCAGCCAGCUCCUCUCUGCUCCACAAUCUGGCAUUCCCAGAAUGUGGAAGAGUAGCUCAUCGACACAGUCUCUUCAAGAACGGGACACAGGGGUGUUAGAGGGAGCAAAGGGGUUAUCCUACUAAAAAGCCACAAAACCGAGCUGGUCUUUAGGGAUGUUCUUGUUGCUUUUUAAGAAAGGGAAGUCAGGGUGCUGGGGGUUAGCGAUCCCAGAAAAUAAAGGCAAAACUGUCUUUUUGUCCAGAGGAAACUUUCUUUUGUGUCCUGCAAUCUAGCUGUGUAUCCAAGGUGGGGGCCAUCCAAUGAUCUGAACCAACUAUGUGGAAAGACCCAGUGGGGACAUUAUACCUGGUGGGACCUGGAGGUGGGGUGGGUUGGUUCUUUAUCUUCAAGGUCGCUCUUGUUUUGCUUUGAUUUGUUUUCCUUUGAGGGGAUUUUGUUUGUUUGUUUGUUUUUGGUCUGGGAAUCCAAAAUUGAAAACUUGAUCUUUUAAGUCUCUGAAAGAGAAUCAGCUGCGUCAACCAACAUCCCCUUAUGAGCAGUGGCCCAGCAAGGAGGACAAGAGUCUUCAGCCAAUAUUUAAACAUGGGCAGCCCUCUUCAGGAUUCUCACUGAGGCCCCCGUGACCUUGAAUUCCCUACUCUCCAGAAUCCAGGGGCUAAGACGGGGACUGUGGAAAUAGGAAGACCAUCCCGUCUACAACCAGUCACAUUUUCUAUUGGCAGUGACCGCUUCCUGAAGAAAGGGCUCUGAAGGGGCUGCUUUGGUGCACAUGAAAGGUACGAACCUCCCAGGCCUUCAGAACUGUAAUAGUUCACACAUGCCCAAUUCCGAAGAUUCACAUGUCCCUUUGGAGACCUUGAGGAAGAAUGUGUUGGGUUCCUCCGACUCCGUGCUGCUUCGCUGCGGGUGGGAGGAGGUCACAGCCUGGGGCUCCCUCUGGGACCUGUCCAGAGGGCAGGCAAGCACCUUUACCAUUACAAGGAUUGAGGAGACGCUGGACUUUUUACCCAUUUUCUUGAAUCUUCAAUAUUAAUGUUGUGUUUACAUUGAUGAGAACAAAAGUCCACGCCCUCCUCUAGGCUGGGCUGUUUGUAUUGAGUUGCAAUGUGACCAGCGAACGCUGCAUUCAAUAAACGAAAGUACGGACUGUGUCUCCCCCGCUCCCUCCCUCCACUCCUGUAAGAAGCUGCAGAGGGUAGCUCCAGGGUAGAGAGCAAGAUCGAUAAACAGCAACUUUACACUU